UGUAGGCGACAGACAACUGUAUGCAGUUGCUCCAUGUACGCAGUGGGUGUCGGAUAUGUUGUUGACAUGGCUGUUCGUCUGUUGGGGAGCUGUCAUAUGCCUGGGAAUACAAUCUUCUCGAAUACGCCUUAUGGAUGAACCAAGCACCUGGUGGGAGGCACAAAGCCGAUGCAAUGUGAAAGGCAGGUUGUACACACCAGGCUCAGAGGACAUUCCACUAGACCUUCUGAACCGUCUACAGCUCGGCACCUACUACUGGAUAGGUGCCAUGGAUUACUUAGCCUGGCUUUGGACAGAAGAUUUCAGUCCCCUGUACACCUAUGCUGGCUUCCUUCCCCUGGAGAGUGUGACAGCAGAAUCAAUGGUAGAAUUCCUUGAUAACUCGGUAUGGAAGUGCCAUCGUCACUGCAGCCAAGCAGAUUCAGUAGGCAUGAAGGAAACCACGUGCUACUGUCUAAAAGUAGGAUACAGCACUACAACUUCGAUGGCACCUGAGAGCACGUGUCCAGGAAACUUGGACGAAAAGUGUGGCAACGUCCAAGGGAUGUCAGUAUAUAGGCUAGAAAACACUACCUUUGAUCAAGAGCCAGACAAGUACUGUGCUUAUGCAAUACGUCGGGGUGGGGACCACUCCAUACACAGCAGCACAUGCGAAAACAAAGGCAGAUGUCAAGCCUGCAUUGUUAGCGAUCCAAGUACACACGUCAAUAUACAUUGCUGGAGAAAGUCCUGGAAUGAUGCCGCCAGGACAUGCCACUUGGUUAAACUUAAUACAGCUGUUCAGAACGGUCUCCUUAGCCUCACGAGUACGAUAACAAGAUACUGGAUUGGCUUAUACAAAUAUACACACAGGCAAUGGAUAAACGGAGAGGACGCUUUGGAGUACGAUGAGUAUCGCGGUAGUGCGUCUUCAGACACAAUGUGCCUGGGUGUAUACAAGCAGAAGAAUGGAGGAAAGCGUUUAUACUGGAGGCCAUGCUCAGAACAAAGGAGGUUCAUAUGUGAAGAUGAAACAAAAUCACAGCCACAAGGAGGAGUUGGUACAACCGAUGGCGUCCACUCUACCGAAGUUACCACACCACUUGCAGGACGGAAAGAUGCUAUGAACUCUUCGAGCAAUCCCCAGGCAGGUGGCUUCAUAGGACUAGGUAUAGGAUGUGGGCUGCUUGUGCUGGCAAUCCUCAUUGUAGUCGUCGUGUUGAGAAGGCAAAAGAAACUGUGCUUUAAGACAAAAAGUGGGAAUCAACCAAUACACUUCACUUCAGUCACAGAAAACACCACUUAUGGAUUAGCCGUUCAGGCACAAACAGCAAAUGGAGCAUAUUCAGUCAUAACACCUCCUGACAUAGAUAGAACAUCCACGUCAUCCACGGUUCAAACGGCGAUAGUCCGACCCAAUGCUCACAAUGACAACAUCUACAUCAACACCUCUCAGAUUAAUGAUGAGGAUGAGUACAACGUGUUGUCAGAAUCCGACAACUCCAAGAAGGCUAUGCCACACGGGAAUCCCUACAAUCACCUUUCGGGACCUGACAGAGGUAACGAGUCCAAAGGAGACUACGACACUGCAAACUGUGUUCCACAGGCAGGAGAAGAGACCACUGGGCUGAAAAACACGACCGCAGAUACACGACUGUCUGAUGCAGCGAGUAGUCAGAACUUAGAGGAGGGUCAGUACAAUGUGCUCGGUCAGCACGACUCUCCCAGAACAGUUGAUGCCGACGCGGGGGUGUACGACCACGUGGCAGCGGACGAGGGGGAUUGUGACACUACACAGCAGGGUAAGAAUCCCAGCAAAGUGGAUGAUACUUACAGUCACAUUCAGAGGACAAACACUGAAUGUGAAGAGGAUGCUUAUGAUGUUGCAAGUAAACGGCAACCGGAAAGAUGUUCUGAUGACACCUUCGACCACGCCACUAAGGUCGAUGAGGAAGACAGAGACAAGGCCGACUACUACAACACAAAGUGUCUUCUUCGAGACGAUGGGAAUCUUGAUGGACAUCCCGGAGGUGAUGAUCGGUCUGAUGAAAAUGAUCAAGAAAACGUUUACAGUCUUGCCAAGGGCAUUUCCGAUGCCUAAGUGUUGACAAAAUAAAGUUUUCAUGUUAUUUUAUAGCACUUGUUCACAAUUUAUACUCUUUACAAAACACCAGUUAGCUCUUAUUAAUUGACGUAAUCUAAUGGACAAUCUAUUAUGUGCACAUAUGAAUCUGAUUCUUUAAGAUUUAUUUGUUCCUGGUGUGUUAUGAUAUUUGAUGGCAGCUUAUGUCUUGAUAACUGAGAAUAAUGCAUGAUUUGUUAUAUGAUUGGACAUCGA